AUGGGGGGCGGCGGGGCCCGUGGCGGGGGCCCGGAGGCGGCGGCGGCGGCGGGGAGCCCAGGCGUGUCCCUUCCGCCAGGCCGGGCCGCUCCUUCGCCGGCUCGCCGAGCGACUGACGAGAGGAGGCGGCGGCGGCCGAGGCGGCUCCACGGGGGCGCGCCGGAGGAGAGGGGAGGGGGGCGGCAGGCGCGCGCCCAUGAAGAAAAAUACAGAAAGACAACGCUGGAGGUUGAGACUCUGAAACAGCACCUGGUUCUCCGCAGGGAUGCCGCCCGGCAGGCGAUGGCCCACAGCGAAGGACUCAAGCGGAGGCUGGCGGAGCUGGAGCAAGAACUGGAGGAGGCCCAGGGGGACAAACAAGAUAUUUAUGAAGAGAUGAUCCGUCAGUUCCAGCAACUUCAACAUCAGACUGAUACUCGAAUACAGCGCCUAGAAGCAGAGACUCAGAGCCUUCAGGAACAACUUGCCGCUUGCCAAGAGGAUGUGCGGCAAAGCCGAGCUGAUAAGGCAAAGAUGCAGGAAGAGAAGGAAGACGCAAUCGCUAAGAUGCAACGCAAGAUUGACGAGAUGGAAACAGAAUAUGAAAAAAUCCUGCAUGGCAGCUUAGACCUUGUGCUGUCCAAGCUGGAGGCCGCCAAAUUCGGCUGGGAGAAGGAAGCUACAUCCCUCCACCUGGAGUAUAAAGACCAGUUGAAAGAGUUUGGACUCAACCCCCUGGAGAUCUAG